AUGAACUCCCCUUCGUCGCCAGAAGCGUUAGCGUCGGCUUCCGACCCCGAUCAUAGCUUGACCAACAGCGCCUCAACCCUUAAUUUGUCGGAAAGGACGGCGGAAGAUAAGGACUCUAAAUUCGAGUGGAGUCUGGCUACUCAGGUCAAGGCAAUUAAACAGCAGCAGUUGAACUCUGGCCUGAAGAGACGUGAGCUUGGAAUACAGUGGGACGGCCUCACUGUUCAGGCCCCGAGCGUAGACGCCGCGGUCAAAGACAAUGCCCUGUCACAGUUCAAUAUCUUCGGGCACAUCCGCAAAGCACGCCAGAAACCACCCAUGAAAACAAUCCUGAACAACAGUCAUGGCUGCGUCAAGCCAGGAGAGAUGCUCCUCGUGCUGGGCCGACCUGGAUCCGGAUGCACCACUCUCUUGAAGGUUCUCGCAAACCGCCGACAGGGAUACUCUAUCGAGGGCGACAUACAUUUUGGCUCGAUGAGCCACCAAGAGGCAGCACAGUACCGAGGUCAGAUUGUCAUGAACACUGAAGAAGAGAUAUUUUUCCCAACCUUGACUGUCGGCGAGACUAUGGACUUUGCGACACGACUCAAGGCCCCAGCCCAUCCACCACAGGGCGCCGAGAACAUCGAAUCCUAUCGCCAAUCGUUGAAAUCCUUCCUACUCGAGUCUAUGAGUAUCUCCCACACGGCCAACACGAAGGUUGGAAACGAGUACAUCCGCGGGGUCUCAGGAGGAGAACGGAAACGAGUUUCUAUCAUUGAGUGCCUGGGGACUGGUGGAUCGACUUUUUGCUGGGAUAACAGUACCCGUGGCUUGGAUGCUAGUACGGCAUUAGAUUGGGCCAAAGCCUUGCGGUCUAUGACAAAUGAGUUUGGCUUGACCACUGUCGUCACCUUAUACCAAGCAGGGAAUGGUAUCUACGACCUCUUUGACAAGGUCCUUGUCUUAGACGAGAGCGAGCAGAUCUACUACGGCCCGAUGAAACAGGCUCGUUCUUUCAUGGAGGGCCUUGGCUUCGUCUGUCGAGAUGGUUCGAACGUGGCAGAUUUCUUGACAGGAGUCACGAUGCCUGCAGAGCGAGAGAUUCGGUCAGGGUACGAGCAGACAUUCCCCCGGAAUGCAAAGACCAUUCGCUCACUUUAUGAUUCUUCUACUGUCUACUCCCACAUGAUCAAGGAGUACGACUAUCCCAACACUCCUCGGGCUAAAGAAUGUACGGAAUCCUUCAAGCAGGCUGUUACGGAGGACCGACACCCGUCCCUGCCAAAGGCUAGCCCAAUGACCACCAGUUUGCCUCUCCAAGUCAAGGCAUGCAUCAUUCGUCAGUAUCAAAUCAUCCAAGGAGAUAAGGCAACAUUCCUCAUAAAGCAAAUAUCUACUUUGGUCCAAGCGUUGGUCGCGGGCUCUUUGUUUUACGAUGCAUCGCCAGACUCGCCCGGUCUGUUCAUCAAAUCCGGGGCGUGUUUCUUUGCUGUGCUAUACAAUGGGAUCCUAAUGCCAAUGUCCGAAGUGACAGAUUCGUUUUUCGGUCGUCCUGUCUUGAUUAAGCAUAAACAUUUUGCUUUCUUCCACCCGGCUGCAUUCUGCAUCGCACAGAUUGUUUGCGACAUCCCAACCAUCAUCUUCCAAAUCACUCAUUUCACGCUUGUUCUAUACUUUAUGGUCGGCCUGAAGCUCUCGGCGGUCGCAUUCUUCACCCAUUGGGUCAUCAUUUUCGCAUCAACUAUGUGUUUGACUGCUAUGUUUCGAGCGAUCGGUGCCGCAUUUCGGUCCUUUGACAGUGCCUCUAAGAUCUCUGGAUUUUUGACCACCGCACUGGUAGUUUACACCGGUUAUCUAAUUCAGAAGCCAAGCAUGCACCCUUGGCUAGGAUGGAUUUUCUGGAUAAAUCCUAUGGCUUACGCGUUUGAGGCUAUUCUCGCCAAUGAAUUCAAGGAUGCCAACAUUAACUGCGCUAGUUCCAACCUGAUUCCAUCCGGGCCUGGCUAUUCGAACCACAAUCAUCAAUCCUGCGCCGGAAUUGGGGGAGCUACACAGGGGGAAAUUUUUCUGACAGGUGAAAGCUAUCUCAAGUCGUUGAGUUACUCAACUUCUCAUGUCUGGCGGGAUUUUGGAAUCCUCUGGGCGUGGUGGAUUUUAUUUGUCGCUGCUACGAUCAUUCUGACUACGUUGUGGCAAGACUCUUCCGAGUCUGGUUCAUCGCUAUUGAUUCCUUAUGAGAAGAGGGAGCAUUUUGUGACCCGCUUGGACGAAGAGGCACAGUCAAACCCAGAUCAAAAAUUCGACGGCGCGGAAGGACCGAAUGGAAAUUCUUCUACCUCCCAAUCAGGUGAAAAGUUCAACGGCAAUGCUGAAAUAGCACGGAACGCUUCUGUUUUCACAUGGAAGAAUCUCACUUAUACUGUGAAAACCCCCACUGGAGAUCGGGUCCUUUUGGACAACGUCCAAGGAUGGGUGAAGCCAGGAAUGCUUGGUGCAUUAAUGGGAUCCUCCGGUGCUGGAAAAACGACACUCCUCGAUGUCCUUGCGCAGCGCAAAACAGACGGUACCAUUCGUGGCUCUAUCUUAGUGGAUGGGCGGCCACUUCCGGUAUCAUUUCAACGAUCUGCUGGAUAUUGUGAGCAGCUCGAUGUUCAUGAACCAUAUGCCACUGUACGAGAAGCAUUUGAAUUUUCUGCCCUCCUUCGACAGCCACAGCAUAUACCAAAGAAGGAGAAACUUGGUUAUGUUGAUACUAUUAUUGACCUCCUCGAGCUCCAUGAUCUAGCUGACACCCUGAUCGGUACAGUUGGCGCUGGCCUUAGCGUUGAACAACGCAAACGUGUGACGAUCGGAGUGGAGUUGGUCGCUAAGCCAAGUAUCUUGGUCUUCCUAGAUGAGCCAACCUCUGGUCUAGAUGGUCAAUCUGCUUUCAACACUGUCCGGUUCCUCAGGAAAUUGGCUGAUAUCGGACAAGCUAUUUUGGUCACUAUCCAUCAACCUUCUGCACAGCUAUUCUCUCAAUUUGACACCCUGCUUUUACUCGCCAAGGGAGGGAAAACUGUAUACUUUGGUGAUAUUGGGGAAAAUGGCCAGGCAAUCAAAAGUUAUUUUGGGCGGUAUGGUGCCGUCUGCCCCCCUGGGGUGAAUCCUGCGGAAUAUAUGAUUGAUGUGGUCUCCGGGACCGUCUGUCCUGGUCAAGAAUGGCAUCAGACCUGGCUCGAAUCCCCGGAGCAUGAUCGCACUACGAAGGAGCUUGAACAUAUCCUCGAAGAGGUCAAUGCUAAGCCGCCAGUAAUGCAGAAUGACGAAAAUGAAUUUGCAACGUCUCUAUGGGAGCAGACCAAACUUGUCACCCAUCGAAUGAAUGUUGCUCUCUACCGCAAUACUGAAUACGUGAAUAAUAAGUUGAUUCUCCAUAUCAUCUCUGCUUUAUUCAACGGUUUCUCAUUCUGGAUGAUUGGGGACAAUCUUGGAGAUUUACAAAUGCGCCUCUUCACGAUUUUCAAUUUCAUUUUCGUUGCCCCAGGUGUGGUCAACCAGCUUCAACCGCUAUUCAUUGAACGACGUGACAUCUACGACACAAGGGAGAAAAAAUCCAGGAUGUAUUCCUGGAAAGCCUUUGUGACAGGACUGGUCGUGUCUGAAUUCCCUUACCUGUGUCUCUGUGCAGUGUUAUACUUCGUGUGCUGGUAUUACACGGUCGGCUUUCCAAAGGACUCGAACCAUGCUGGUGCUAGCUUCCUCCUUGUACUACAGUACGAGUUUAUCUACACCAGUCUAGGCCAAAUGAUUGCCGCCUUUGCCCCAAAUUCCACGUUUGCCGCACUUGCAAAUCCUGUGAUUCUAGGAACCAUAGUUGCCUUCUGCGGUAUGCUAGUGCCGUACUCCGAGAUCACUCCCUUCUGGAGGUAUUGGCUGUACUACCUCAACCCUUUUACUUAUGUUACUGGGGGGCUGUUGACAUUCAACAUCUUCGGUGCGGAAGUGAAAUGUGCCAGCGAUGAAUUCGCCAUUUUUGAUCCCCCGAGUGGGCAGACCUGUGCUCAAUACCUAACUGAUUACAUGGAAGGAGCCGGCUCUCGAAUCAACCUAAUUAACCCCUCUGCAACGGCCCAAUGCCAGGUGUGCCAAUACCGCAGUGGAAGCGACUACCUCUACACCCUCAAUUUGAAGGACUACUCCAAUGGAUGGCGCAACAUAGGUAUCACUGUCAUAUUCAUCAUCAGUUCUUAUGCAACGGUUUUUGCUAUGAUGAAGCUUCGCACGAAGGCUUCAAAAAAGACAGAGUGA